GGGGGGGGGCUGGAAGACAGGAUUCCCGAGUUCAUUUUCCCUCUUGGAGAGGGGAGCAGGGUCGCUGGGAACAGGGUCGCUGUGAGCCAGAACUCCUGGGUUCUCUCCCAGCUCACCUGAGGCUGUGGGGGCUUCUGGGCUAGACCAAGAUGGGACUUAACAUGGCUCAUCUAUUUCUCAACACCCUGGGAGAACCCCACAGGGCUCACAACUGCCUCCCAGGCAGGUUGGACUGCCUCAAGCUGCAGCAGGGAGGGCUCCUAUGACCCCGCAUGAGAGCUACUCUAAACAGCUGGCUUGUCUCCGGUCUCCACAGGUGUGUGCCUGAUGGAGCCAUGGGUGCGGCUGCUUGGCAUGGAGAGAUGCCAUCUGGCUCAGGGCCCAGGCUUGGGGUGGGUGAGGGGUGGGGCUUCCUGGGAAGUGGGUUCUGCCCUAAGAGCUGGGUGCUCUGGGACAAUGGCCAGACCCCAGCAGGGUAUACAAGGCUGAAUCAGGUCAGCUAGGGAACAGACAUCUUUGGAGCUUUACAAGCUGUCUAACCAUCUGACCUUCUGCCUCUUCCAAAGUAGGUCAGGGUCUUUGUAGCAGGUGGCAGUGUCACACACUAAGUCUCUUCCCUCUGCUACGGGUGGUGGGGCCAUGAGGUUGGAGUUGCUUUCUCUUGGAGGUGGCAGGCAGCUGUGAGGAUGUCUCAGGUGGACACAGAGCUGGAGAAAGGCUUGCUGGCCAUCUUAUGCACCUUCCACAAAUAUGCCCAGGGCAAGAUGGGUGACCUGCACCAGGCAGCUUUCCACAGCCUGCUCCGCAGUGAGCUGUGCCACCUGCUUACGGACACGGAGCAGCAGGAGACUGUGAGGAUGGUGUUCAUCAAUUAUGAUGCUGACAGGAACCAGAAAAUCUCAUUUGAUGAAUAUGUGAAUCUGAUUGCAUACAUCCUCCGGAAACUCUGUGUCAAGCAUGGAAACUGAGGCAUGCUUCCAGCUGGGAGCUGACACCUUCACCUUCUAAGGCCAAAGGAAGUUUGUCUGCCUUUCGCUCCUUCCCAGUCCAUCCCCAACUCUCUGUAACCUUCCCACUUGCUAGCCCUACCCCUCUCCAUGCCCUGUACAGAGAUUGGCUAUAUCUAAGCAGCAGCCAAUAAACAGAGAACAUGUUUUUAUAA